CAGCAGGAGUGGGCGUGGCUGAUGUAUCCGCUGUAGAGGGAGCGCCUGGCAGGGAGCUGAGCGCUGCGCGGGGACAUGCUGGGGCUCGGAGCCGGAGGGGUGGCCAAGUCCCCCAAGCAGCCGUCCUUCGUGUCCUACCUGACUCCGGAGGAAAUAGUUAAAGACAAGGAACAAGCAGAGAAAGUGGAUGAUGUCCCGUUGUUACCAGGCGAGAUGCUUCUUUGUGAAGCCAGCAAUGUGUUCAAGUGUUCUCAGGAGGAAGGAUCUCAGCGCGGCGUCUGCGGGAGACUCAUCUGCACCAACUUCAAGAUCACCUUUCUGUGUGAUGAAGCGCCAGACGAUAAUAUGCCAGAAUUCAGGAACAGGAUUGUUGGUGAAAAUGACAUCACCCUGCAGUGCGUGGACCAGCUGUAUGGAGUGUUUGACGAUAAGAAGAAAGUUCUUCUACCGGGGCAGUCGCUUAAGAAAUAUCCAGAUAAGUUGAUCAUCUACUGCAAGGAUUUCCGAGUGUUCUAUUUCUGUCUGACGUACACUAAGGAGGAGGAACUGAAAAGGAUUGUCAGCGGGAUCAUUCAUCACACUCUAAGUCCAAAGCUGUUGAAACGUCUCUUCUUAUUCUCGUACACUCAAGCUGCCCCGUGUUACAUAGCGACAGCGGCCAAGGAUCACACUUUGAUGUUUGACACAUUGAAGGACUGGAGGCUGGAACUGGACCGCACCAAAGGAAACCUGGGCUACAAAGCUCUGUCUGUCAAUGAGACAUACGGGGUGUCAAAGAGGUUACCACCUUACUUUGUGGUUCCCAUAUCUCUGCAGGAGGAGAGCGUCUCUAAAUUCCAGGGCCAGGGAAUACCUAUUUGGUGCUGGUCUACUCAGCAUGGCUCAGCUUUGUGCAAGAUGAGUUCCCUUCCUAAAGAGGUGGACGAUAUCUCCAUCCAGGAGCAGAGAGCUUUCCUUGACAGUGUAGAGAAGACGCUUCACAGACCUCCCUAUGAAGAAGUGAGAAUUGAGGACCUGUCAUUAUGUCUUCCCUCGCUGUCAGAAGUCCAGGCAUCCUACACUCGCUUUAAACAGCUGUUUCUUAUCGAGAACUCCAAUGACUUCUGGGACACAGACUCCAAGUGGUUUUCAUUGCUGGACACCAGCAAUUGGCUGGAAAUAGUCAGGCAGUGUCUAAAGAAAGCCAUUGAAGUCAUUGACUAUUUAGAGACCCAAAAAAUCAAUGUUGUUCUUAAAGAGGACACGGCCUCAGAUUUUUGCUGCGUGAUUGCCAGUCUGGUGCAGGUCAUGAUGGAUUCCUAUUAUCGUACUCGAGCAGGCUUCCAGAGCCUCAUCCAGAAGGAGUGGGUGAUGGGAGGACACAGUUUUCUGGACCGAUGUAAUCACCUCCGUAACAGCGAUAAUGAGGCUCCGGUCUUCCUGCUCUUUUUGGAUUGUGUGUGGCAGCUGGUACAGCAGUACCCGCUUGCGUUUGAAUUCUCCGAGACGUAUCUGACUGUCCUGUCUGAUAGCAUCUAUAUCCCCAUCUUCAGCACAUUCUUUUUCAAUUCGCCGAACCAAAAAGACACACACAAGUUGAUUGAGGACGGGUCGGGUAAACAAAGGGAGCCUUUGAGCUUCUACACGGUCUGGAAUUGGUCAGUGCAGUUUGAAUUGAAGGCUCUGUCCUUCUUAAACAACCCGCUCUACGUGGAGAAGUCAAAACAAGAUAAAAGUCGCAAAGGAGCACGUGCAAAGCAUCAAAGACAGUUGUCUCUGCCGCUUACACAGUCGAAAGGUUCUAACAAGAAAGGAUUCUUUAGGGAGGAGACUGGACCAUUCAUAAGAAGUCUCCUUGGUAAAAGAAUUAGCAAACUAAUAAGCGCCUCUGAUGAGGUGCCAAGUAACUACAAAAUGUUCUACGAGAACUGGCAUAGGAAGCCUAUAGACUUCCAUGGAUUGAUCCUGCCAUAUAUUGAAGGACCCGAAAUCAAAAUCUGGGCCCAGCGCCAUCUUCGAUGGAUCCCGGAAGCACAGGUUCUUGGUGGAGGCAAUGUUGCUGCCAUGCAGAGAGUGUUGGAGCUAAUGGAUGAAAUCCAGAGUCUGAAGAAAAAGGUGAAAGAGAGGCCGACCGUGAACCUUACAAUACACAAGGAGAAUGACGUAGACAGCAGGCGUAAAAAGUCCGUCCGGCGCUCCUCUCUGUUUCCGUUUGCUUUGCUUCACGUAAGCUCUUUCAGACCCUGCAUAUCGACCACCCCGUGGCGCAGUUGGGAAGCUGAAGAUGAACUUGUUAAUAGGGAUGAUGAAUAUGUUGAGUUGGGCAGUAUAUGAUUUGAUGUCCUCUGAACCUGUUAUACCACAAAUGGUUAUCUUCAGGAAGCUGUUCUUUAUUCUCAUUACUAGAUGUAUAAUUUAUUUCCAGAGAUUCCGCUUUUAUAUGUUUUCUACAUGUAUUUGACGACCUAGCCAAUCUGCAGGUUAAAAACCAAACGCCUUGUUUA